AUGAAUGGAACUAACGAAGGGGGCCAUCCCGAGACUAUGCUUGUGGCAAUCCCAUCAUCCAAUGUCAUUCCUGGAUUGGAGUGCUUGCUUCCCCUCAGUCAAAUUUUUGUAAGACAACAAAUUGAUGUGUUAGAGGUUCUGGUCGGAUUCGAGCAAUCAAAUCGCUACGUGUUCUUUGCUCCAAAUGGACAAAUGGUGUACAUUGGUGACGAAGAAAGCAACUGCUGCGCCAGACAAUACUGCGGAAGUGCGAGAGGAUUCGUGCUGCACAUUCGAGACCCCAACGGGUUUGGCAUCCUCUUGGAUCGACCACUCCAAUGUUGUUUGACUAGCAUGAGUGUGUUUGCAAUCAGUACGGGUCAGUUGUUGGGGACAAUUCAGCAACAAUGCGUACUCUGCAGUGGGGCCCGAUUCAAUGUGAAUGAUGAGAUGGGAAACGUCGUAUUUAUCAUUAAAGCCCCCUGUUGUACAACCGCUUGUUGCGGCAACGUCAGUUUUGAUGCAAGUUUUUGA